CGCCCAGGGCCGCGAGUUCGGCGGGUGUUACGUAGCUGGGCGGCUCGGGGUGGGGUGUGGGCUGAGGCCGAGCGGAGGGAGCAACAUCCCCGAUACAGUAAGGAGGAACCCUGGCAGGAAUAAGAUGGGAGAAGCUGCUACCGGGAAUUCCCCCUCAUAGGCCGAGAGACGCAGAGCCCGCAGGGACCCGCCGCCAGGCCGCUGCUUGUGGUGAGGCCCAGCAACCAUGGAGAUAAACGAGCAGAAUGGAAAGCUGUCCGCUGAAGUCGAGCCAUUUGUCCCUCAGAAGAAGGGGACUGAGGCCAUCGCACUCCCAAUGUCUCUUCCUGGUGACGGUGGAAAUGCUGGCGGACUGGAACCCACUCCCAUUCCCAGCUAUCUUAUAACCUGCUACCCCUUUGUACAGGAAAACCAGUCUAAUAGACAAUUCCCCCUGUAUAUAAAUGAUGUUAGAUGGCAACAGUCAAGCUCCAAUCCUCCAGGACCUUACCUUGCUUAUCCCAUUGUACCCGCUCAGCCACCUGUAUCCACGGAGUACAUGUACUACCAGCUAAUGCCAGCGCCAUGCGCUCAAGUCAUGGGAUUCUACCAUCCUUUUCCCACUUCCUACACGACACCCCUUCAAGCAACCAAUGCUAUCAGUGCAAUUUCUAUUGAUUGCAAUGACCGCAGUAACUCACAAUCCCAAAUUAAUGUGUUACCCAGUCAGAGGAACAGAAGUGCCACUAGACCAUCUGUGGUCCACAAGCAGCCUCCGCAACCAGUACCACAGAUAAAAUGCAAGAGACCACCUAUGAAAAGUGUUGCAGUACAGAAGGAAACCUGUGCAGCAGGCCCAGACACUCGCUCCAAAAUUGUCCUGUUGGUGGACGCUUCUCAGCAAACGGAUUUUCCAAAUGAAAUAGCCAACAAAUCACUCUCUGAGAGCAUGGGUUCAUCUCCCUGGAAAACAAAAGCAAGGCGAAGGCGGUCCUCUCACCCCGCCGCAGAGUCCUCGAGUGAACAGGGUGCAAGUGAAGCAGAUAUUGACAGCGAUAGUGGGUACUGCAGUCCAAAGCACUGCCAAGCAGCUGCAAUGUGUUCAAGGCACACCGACUGUACAGCCUCUGCUGUCAAUGUUGCAGAUCCAGCUGUAUGUACAGCUGGAGUAAGCUGGGCCAAUGUAGCUUCACAGGCUACUCAGAAAAGACCUUGGAAUGAAAAAAAUCAAGCUUUCUCAAGAGGAGGAAGACCGGCUGAAUUACGUAACAAUUCUCAGCUUGGAUACCGUAUGAGAGGGCAGAGCACUUCAUCUGAAAGAAGACAGAAUAUCCAGAGGAAGCAGGAUAGUAAAACUGGGACCACAGCCCAAAUAAGCAGAUCUGAUCAAAGCCAUGAGCAGCUGUACUUUGAGGAUGAAGAUGAGUUUCCAGAAUUAAACAGCAGCACUGGGACUUCAAAAAAUGAAACCCAACCAAAGAUGGCAGCUAAAGUGGUGGGUUUGGAUGAUUUACCUGAAAAUUCUCCAAUUAACAUUGUCCAGACUCCAAUUCCCAUCACAACAUCAGUACCAAAACGCGCAAAAAGUCAAAAGAAGAAAGCUCUUGCUGCUGCUUUGGCCACUGCCCAGGAAUAUUCUGAAAUAAGCAUGGAACAGAAAAAGCUCCAGGAAGCAUUAUCUAAAGCAUCUGGUAAGAAAAGCAAGACUCCGGUACAGCUAGACUUGGGAGACAUGCUGGCAGAACUGGAGAGACAGCAGCAAGCAAUGAAAGCUCGUCAGAUUACCAACACCAGACCUUUAUCAUACACAGUUGGCAGUACUGUCCCAUUUCACACCAAAGAGCACGCAAACAGAAAUAUGUUCACAAAGAGCCAAGCUCUAGUGGCUUCCCCUAACCCCUUGGACUCCACUGCACCCCGGAUGAAAAGGGGAAAAGAAAAAGAACUUCCGAAAUUAAAACGACCAACUCCACUAAAAAAGAUCAUCCUGAAAGAAAGAGAAGAAAAGAAAGGACGAUUGAUAGUAGAUCCGAAUGUACUGGGCUCAGAUGAGCAGAAGGAUAUGCCUUUAAGUUUUGCUGAUGAUCAGUCCGAGGAGCUGGCAUCACAAGACGAAGCCGGUCUGAGUGCACCCAGUGAUACUUCACUGUCUCCAGCAAGUCAGAACUCCCCUUACUGCAUGACACCUGUAUCUCAGGGAUCACCAGCAAGUUCUGGCAUUGGUAGUCCCAUGGCCUCUUCCGCCAUCACCAAAAUUCACAGCAAAAGGUUCAGAGAAUACUGCAAUCAAGUAUUAAGCAAAGAAAUUGAUGAAUGUGUGACUGUGUUACUGCAAGAACUGGUCAGCUUCCAAGAACGCGUAUACCAGAAAGACCCCAUCAAAGCUAAGUCAAAGAGGAGACUUGUGAUGGGAUUGCGAGAAGUCACCAAACACAUGAAGUUAAAUAAAAUAAAGUGUGUCAUUAUAUCUCCCAACUGUGAGAAAAUUCAGUCUAAAGGUGGCCUGGAUGAAGCACUCUAUAAUGUAAUAGCUAUGGCAAGAGAGCAAGAAAUUCCAUUUGUUUUUGCCCUGGGACGAAAAGCUCUGGGACGAUGUGUGAACAAACUGGUGCCAGUCAGUGUUGUGGGUAUCUUUAGCUAUUCUGGUGCUGAGAGUUUAUUUAAUAAUCUAGUCUCUCUGACGGAAGAAGCUAGAAAAGCAUACAAAGAUAUGGUGUCCUCAAUGGAGCAGGAGCAAGCUGAAGAGGCUUUGAAGAAUGUUAAAAAGGUCCCACACCACAUGGGUCAUUCACGUAACCCCUCUGCAGCCAGUGCCAUUUCAUUCUGCAGCGUCAUCUCUGAACCUAUAUCAGAAGUCAAUGAGAAGGAUUAUGAAACCAAUUGGAGAAGUAUGGUAGAAACAUCUGAUGGACUUGAAGCGUCAGAAAAUGAAGAUUCUUCUGUAAGGACAAUGGCUUCCCAACACACAGUAAACACACAGUCUAAUAAAAAUGUCCAUAAACCACUUUUGGGUUCUGGUAGCACUACCUCAGUUUCUAAACCUAGCAAGAUAACUGCAGUUGACAAAGAAGAGGCAAAACCAGAUGACAAUCUGGAAUGGGCUUCACAGCAGAGUACAGAAACUGGAUCAUGGGAUGGUAGUGGCAGAGAUGUCCUCAAUUCCUCCAUGACAAGCACAACAAGUACUCUGGUGCCUGAAAUGCUGGACGAAGAUGAGGAGGAGGAGGAGGAGGAUGAUGAGUAUCACCAGGAACCUAUUUCAGUCAGCAGAAUAGAGUCUUGGGUAUCAGAAACUCAGCGAACUAUGGAAACUCUGCAGCUUGUGAACAGUCCAGAGGAAGAUAGUAUUGAACAAAGUGAAGAAGAUACUGUGGAGAAUAUCUAGAACAAGUAAUGGACAGAAGAAUAGCUGGUCAGAAACGGACCACAUAGACAAAGUGAUGCAAGGUCUUUAUUAAAUGAGCUCUAGCUCCUUGUUGUAAAUGUACAAACUCAGGAAUUGGUCCGCUCACACAACUUUUUUGCUUUUGGGAGAGUUGCAGCCAGUCCCAUACCUAGUUCAUCUCAAUGUUUUGCACUGUAUAAAUGUUGAACCUAUACCUGAUUCCCCGCAAAUGAUGUCUUAUUGUUAAAUGUUCAGCUGAAUUGCUGCUUGUAGUUUAGCACUAGGGGGCGUUUGGCGGAUCGUCCAGCUUGUUUUUUUCCUUCCUUGGUUAGGAAUAC